AUGCUCUUAGACCACUGUCCAAACCAAGACGAAGCAAACAAUGAGAUUGACGACUGGCUAUCGUCCGGUUUGCGGUCGUACGUCGAAGAAGGUCAACGUAUGCGUGACGCAGCAGACGGCAUUCCUCCCGCAAGAACCUCAUUCGUACAGCGUGGUACCAUGCACGCGCUAGAUAGAUACGGCGAGCGUUCUCAUUCUCUACCGCCUGAACGUUGGAUGAGAACUCCUUCCGAGCCACACCGUGACAACAAUGCAGAUACUCCGCCUCGCACACAUGAGAGUCUGCGCAACGCCCAAGUAGAACGUCCUGUCAUCAUCAAUGGCGAGGGUCAUAACAUUCACAUCAACUGCGGUCCUGGGCAGCAAAACGUUCACUAUAGUGGAUCAAGCGACGACCGGGACAAUUACGAUAACGAGAGGUAUGAUGAUGACGGAUACAGCGACGACGGUUACGAUAAUUACUACGAUCACGGCGACGAUGAAGAGAAUGACCGAGAUUACGACGCAGGUUACCAACAGUCAGGGCGUAGCCGCGAUGCUCGUGAUAACGGUCGCUUCCACGAUAGGUACAGCAGCCACACUCGCGGUCGUCACAUGCCUUACUGUGAAUGUCGAGAUUGCCAGCCUGAUUUGACCCCUGAUGAUGGAAGUAGCUCUAGCGGGUCCAGUGAUCAUUGGUAG